AAGAAAACGUAAAGAACCGGAAUAACCUCGGACGAUACCCCAGUAGCUGCUUCUUGAAGUCCACCUACUCCAAAAUCCAUUUCCAGGUUCUCUCAGACCCCGAUAUGUUUACCAUGCGAAGAUGGGAGAAGUUAAGAUGGGCAGCCUGGCGAGGCAUGCUAUGUUUUACUGUCUUCCUGGCGGUCCACGUCCUCCAACAACAGACGCAGCCUCAGGAGCAGUGCCACGAGGCUGAACUAAUGGCCAGGCUGAGACACCUCCAAGACGUCAAGCGGGUCGCACCAAAGUCACAAACAAUAAAGCGGACCAAACACAUUCCGUCCGACGUAACCAAAAUCCCUGCAGAGAUCAACAUUCCACGAGAAGACAUGGCGCUUCUCAAAGGCAUCAUGACACCCAAGCUCAAUGCGAAGGAUUAUAUGGUACUACAAGGUGCGAUUAGGAAGAUGAGGGGACUGGCCGCUGCAAAGACGAAGCCUAACAGCUCGGAUGACGGGAUGUCCGGGUCCUGGGCAGGCAGGGGGCUACCCGACCUGGGAGAAGGAGAGAUAGAUCAAUCAGCGCUUAGGGACGAAACAGCUAUGUAUACCUUAGAUGACGGUGAUGAAUUGGAACAAGCUUUGCCAACAAUUUCCGAAGAAGAGUACUUUAAGAAGCAAGACACCAUGGUGAAUCCUCAUUAUUACAGGUACAUGAUCACAAAUGAUAGUCUGUGUUCAGGAGGAGAGAAACCCUUUCUACUUAUCCUCGUCUGUUCCCAACAUGAGAACUUCCCUUACAGACAGGCUAUCAGAGACACAUGGGGCAGCAUCGCGUUGUACCACAAACGCAUAAAGUUAAUAUUCUUAGUCGGGAGACAUGAGGAUGAAUUCUGGAAUAGAAAUAUCCAAAAGGAAUAUAGGACGUUUAAAGAUAUUGUCCAAACCAAUUUUACAGACAGUUAUAGGAAUUUAACAUUGAAGGUGCUAUCUGGAUUUCAUUGGGCGUUGACGCAUUGCCCAACAGUAGAGUUCGUUUUAAAAUCUGACGAAGAUAUGAUAAUCAAUGUGCCUUAUCUCGUGAAAUUACUGUUUAAAUUCCCGCUGCAUAAUGAAAUAAUGGGCUCCAUUAAUACCAAUGCUCCUGUGAUGCGAUACGCCAGCAGUAAAUGGGGUGUAUCUCGCGAGAGGUAUCCCUUGCCAACAUAUCCGCCUUAUAUGUCAGGAAACAGCUAUGUCGUUUCGACAGCAGUUGCCAGGACGUUGUUUGAAACUUCCAAAUAUGUGCCUUUGAUCAAUAUAGAAGAUGCGUAUAUUACGGGAGUUUUAGCUAGAAUAGCUAAUGUGGAACAUAGAAACGUUGAAGGCUUUACCUACUGGGGAAGUCCGCUCAUAGAACCUUGUGAUUUUAUUUUAAACAGGAAGGUCACCGGCACGCACAUGACGCCAUCUUUGAUGUAUAAGCUUUGGAAAGACAUCACUAGGCGGCGCUGUAUAGAUAAACCAAAAACACAAAUACUCCGACCCACGUCGUGACGGAGGAAAUAAAACGGAUAAUUUUAACACUUUGAUUGCUCAUUAUGUUGCCGGUUGGCGUUUGCUGAAAACUUUCCAAACAUUUCAUCGCAAUGCUAGCUCUGUUCGACAAGAGGUGUUAUUUUUUCUUAAUACUCAAAUAUGUUUUUAGAGAUGAAAUAAAAUGUUAUGAAAUAUAUUUUGUUGUCCACAACACCAGAACGCAUUUUAUUCAUGAUUUACUAAAAGGUAAAAGUUGCCGUUUAUUCAGUAAUGGAGGAAGAUGACAAACCACAUCUUCUGCCAAUUCGAGAGGUGGGCCAAUAGCUUCUCUAUAACUAAUAAGACCGCAUUAUCUUGUCAAGCCAGCGAUUAUGCCUCGCGUGCAGAUAGAAUCACCCACUACGUAUUCAAACCGACUUCUCCGAGAACAACAUUAUCUUUUAUAUUUCAUGAAGCAGAAAUGGAAAAAAGGAUAUUAUAGAUGCCUAGGGUAGAGCUGUACAUUGCCUGCAUACGAAACAGCGAAAGCGCCGUCAUAUGAUAUACUAACUCCAUUAGACAUGUCCGAGGAUCCAUAAUUUUUUCCUUUUUAUCUGUUCCCAAAGGCUGUUAUGUCCAAUGCGAGUAUGGUUAGAAUACUUAAUUUGGCCAGUUGGGAGGCAAUUGAAAUAAUGUCGUUAUACUUACAGGAAUACUGUUCCGAGAUAAACGCAAUUAUAAGUAUAGGUCACCAAGCAUUAGAUCAUCAGCAACAUUUUUUGCUGGACGAUUUUGAACCAACAGACUUUUGGAACUAAAUAAUCAUCGUUUUUUUCUUAUUCGCCCGGAAUGCAAUAUGGGCGAUGGGUACCAAACUAUCGUUUUGUUGCAGAAGGGCGGGGACAUGUGUAACGAAUUGGCCAAUGCAGUGUUCAGAUAGUAGAUGGUCAAGAUCCACCGGAUUGGCAGUCUAUGCAAGCAUAAUCGGUACAUAAGAUCAGUGUAAGAACUAAAGAUAUAAAUAAUGUAUGUUUUGAAUAAAAUACUUUUGUGAAUA